AUGAAAAAGAUGAAAAUAUUUGCUCUCUUAAUCAGCUUUACUCUCUUUUCCUUCUCUCCGUUGGUAUGUCAAGCUAACUAUGAUUCGAACUUCACACGCCAGCCGCCUCGUCCCCUCUUCAUUGUCUCUCACGGGAGUCCUAAAUUCCAUCCUCAACAGGUGCACGUAUCAUUGGCGGGUCAAGACCACAUGAGAGUAACAUACAUAACGGAAGACAAGCAUGUGGCAUCGAUGGUGGAGUACGGUAAACAUCCAAAAAAGUACGACAAAAAAACUGCCGGAGAAUCUACUUCUUACAGAUUCUUCUUCUACAGUUCUGGCAAGAUCCACCAUGUCAAGAUUGGUCCUCUUCAACCAAACACCAAAUACUAUUACCGUUGCGGAGGCCACGGUGACGAAUUCUCUUUCAAAACUCCCCCAUCCAAAUUCCCGAUCGAAUUCGCGGUAGCUGGUGACCUAGGCCAAACCGAUUGGACGAUAAGAACAUUAGAUCAAAUGAGGAAACGGGACUUCGACGUUUUCCUACUUCCCGGUGACCUAUCCUACGCAGACACCCACCAGCCACUUUGGGACUCCUUUGGCCGCCUUUUAGAGACACUGGCUAGCACCCGCCCAUGGAUGGUCACUGAAGGAAACCACGAGAUCGAGUCUUUCCCGAUAGAGGAACACAUAAGCUUCAAGGCAUACAAUGCGCGAUGGCUAAUGCCUCACGCCGAGAGCCACUCUAAAUCCAAUCUUUACUAUUCUUUUGAUGUAGCCGGCGUCCACACGGUUAUGCUUGGUUCUUACACCCCCUUUGACUCCAACUCUGAUCAGUAUCAUUGGCUCCAUGCCGAUUUAAAAAAGGUUGACCGGAAAAAGACACCGUGGUUGGUGGUGGUGAUGCACACGCCAUGGUACAGCACAAACAAGGCGCAUUAUGGUUCUGGAGAGAAAAUGAGAAAGGCCCUGGAGAGUUUGCUCUAUCGUGCUCAAGUAGAUGUCGUUUUUGCCGGCCACGUUCAUACAUAUGAACGUUUCAAGCCGAUAUACAAGAAGAAGGCCGAUCCAUGUGGACCAAUGUACAUAACCAUUGGUGAUGGAGGGAACCUAGAAGGCCUUGCUUUACGGUUCCAUAAGCCUCAGUCACCUCUGUCAGCAUUCCGUGAAUCGAGUUUUGGACAUGGGAGAUUAAAGAUCAUAGACCACGAACGAGCACAUUGGUCGUGGCAUAGAAACAACGACGAGAUGUCAGUUAUUGCUGAUGAAUUAUCUUUCCAAAGUCCUCGAGCUUCAUCACACUGUCGAUCAAAAUCGUUUUAGAGGUGCGAUCUAUAAAUCACACAUACCAUAUUAAAACAUCUCUUUCUCCUUUUUCUUUUUUUUU